AUGAACAUGGACUGGGACAGACAACCCGAAUUAUCACCACACCGCCACCACCACGAGCAACUCCUCCAACCACAACCGCCGCCGCCGCAACACUAUCACCCCGUCUUCGACCCCUCCUUCGCCGACAUGAUGUACGGCAACCCCAGCCGCGCCAUCACGGCGGGCCUCUUCCUUGGCGUGGUGGGGACGCUGGCGACGUGGGUGCUGGGGCGCACCCUCUACGCGUCGCUGCCGUUCUCGCUGAUUUGCGCGGCAGGGCGGUGGGCGUGCAGGGUGCAGGUGCGUGUCUGCCGGCAUCUCCGAGAGCGGGCUGGCGAGUGGUGGCGCGGGGGUCGGGGACGGAGACGGGAAGGGAGGGAGUUCUGGACUGCUGUUGAUGUGCGCCGGAGAGACAGCGGGUUUGAAGGAAGACGUGGUGAAGAAGAGGAGGCGAUGGGCUCCUCGCAGAGCGACAAUGGCCGAGGUGGUGGCGAGAAGUGGCAGUGGGUGGCGAAAAUCUUUCGCACGAGAAGCCGGCAGUUUCUAGUCUGA